UGCUACGCCACCAACUAGAAAAAUGUCAAGCGCAGGAACCAGGAACGCCGCCUACUUUUCUCAUUCUGCCGGUCAGUGACCAAACUAAACUACGUGUAAUGCGGCCAAACAAGCUAUGCAAGCUUGCCGUCAUUUUCACAAAGAUUUUUCCGGUUUAUUUAUAAUUUUUCGUUGAACUUGGGCAGUGCACCGUGUUCGAAAAUACACCGGUCGUGACUUUUUUUCGUACUUAGUAAAGUGUAGGCGCUGUGUGCCACUUUGCACACCUGAGGACGUCCCAGACUAUCAUAGCAGGCGUUGUCUACUCAAAAGUGCAGAUUGACAUGUACAGAUGUUUUGAUACUGUUUUAUAAAUAUCCACUUCUGUUUUGUUUUGUAUUAUUAUCUGUAUAGUGUGAGAUAUUUAGAAUUCCAGAGGACUUUGUUUGUUUGAAAUAGGAAAAUGUUCAAGUUUAUAAAAGCUAAAGGCCCUCAUCAGACGGCUGAAAGACAGAAGCUACAAAAGGAGCUAUUUUCUUAUAGAAGGACGCUCCAGCAUGGCUUCCCUCACAAACCAUCAGCAAUGGCGUGGGAUCCCACCCUGCGUCUUCUGUGUGUGGGCACCGCCACAGGGGCUGUUAAAGUGUUCGGGCGUCCAGGGGUUGAAUUUUACGGCCAACACAGAGAACCAGUUCCGGUCACACAGCUGUGUUUCCUGCCUAGGAGAGGAAGGGUGGUGGCGCUGUGUGAUGACAACUCGUUGCAUCUCUGGGAAGUGAACAGAAGUUCGCUAGUUGAAGUUAAGUCACAAGCACUGGAAGGCAAGUUGAAGAAGAUAUCAACAAUGUGUUUGGAGUCUGCGGGCAAACACUUGUUGUUGGGCACUGAAGGCGGAAAUAUCUACCUACUGGAUCUAAAUACCUUCACUAUGACUCCAGACAUAAUCUACCAAGAUGUUGUAAUGCAAAAUGUUCCCCAAGACUACAAGCUGAACCCAGGAGCUGUAGAAGCAAUAUAUGAGCAACCAGACAAUCCGAACAACAUUUUGAUAGGGUACAACAGGGGAUUGAUCGUCCUUUGGAAUAGGAGCGAAAAUACGGCCGUUAAAACCUUUAUUUCUAAUCAACAGUUGGAGUCGCUUUGCUGGAAAGAGGAUGGAAGGCAUUUUAUCAGUUCACACAACGACGGUAGUUACAUGGAAUGGGACAUUGACCAAUCUGAGAAACCCUGCGGAGAACCGGUCACAACAUACGGUCCAUAUUCAUGCAGAGCAAUACCAAAGCUCCUGACCAGGACUCUCAACGAUGAUCAACUGCUUGUUUUCUCAGGAGGUCUUCCUAGAGCUACAUAUAGCGACAAAUACACCGUAUCUGUGAUUCAUGGAGAAAAACAUGUGGCUUUUGAUUUCACCAGUAAAAUUGGUGUGAACGGAAGUUCAGAUAACGAUAGUGAGGAAGAACAGUUUGGGAAUAAGGUGAUAGAUUUUCUUUUAAUAGACUCCAGAAGCUCGGAAGAAUCAGAAGAUGGAGAUAAUGAAGAAACGGACAAUCAAAAUUUGGCGAAUGGAGAUACGAAAGGAGAGCCCGAAGCACUGAUAGUUUUGGCCGAAGAAGAAAUAGUAGCUAUCGACUUGAGAGAUGAAACAUGGAAGAUGAUCAGUCUACCAUAUCUGGUGUCUAUCCAUGCAUCUGCUGUUACCUGCACCCACUAUGUCUCGGGCAUACCAGAAGAGUUGUGGGAGCACAUAAAAGAUGCAGGCAAAGCCCAAACAGGUCACCUAUAUUCUGGUCGAAAGUGGCCCAUCGAUGGCGGCAAGUUGUUAUGUCAAAAAGGUGAUGCUGCACCACCGAGAGAUCUACUGCUAACGGGUCAUGAAGAUGGAACUGUCCGAUUUUGGGAUGCAGGUGGUAUCACUAUGACAUGCUUGUAUAAAUUUGCAACAGCGCAAUUCUUCGCAGGAGACGAUAUUGAAGAGGUGCAUCCAGACGCCGAGGAUAUGGAAGAAGAAUGGCCGCCUUUCCGUAAAGUCGGCAUUUUCGACCCAUAUUCCGACGACCCCCGAUUUGCCAUCAAGAAGGUCGUUCUGUGCCCGCUGUCCGGAACUCUGGUGGUAGCUGGUACUGCAGGACAGAUCGUCAUCGCCAAAUUCGAUACAGAAGUGUUAGACGGACCUUUGAAAUUGGCAUCGAUGAACAUCGUUAAUGACAGAGACGGAUUCGUGUGGAAGGGGCAUAGUCAGCUGGCACCAAAACAAGGCAAUAUCCACCAGCCACGGGGCUUCCAAGCGACAUCUGUUCUUCAACUGCACCCCCCAGCAGCUGUCACGUGUUGUGUUCUGCAAGCUGAUUGGGGCUUAGUUGCUGCCGGAACCGCACAUGGAUUGGCUCUUCUUGAUUACGUCAAAAAUAAACCAGUCAUGGUCAAAUGUACGCUUAACCCUAAUGACUUGACCGGAGCAGGUGACACCCCGAUCUCCCGGCGCAAAUCCUUCAAAAAGUCCCUCCGCGAGUCCUUCCGCAGACUGCGCAAAGGUCGGUCGCAACGCAGGGCGGCCGGUGACAAGCCCCCCGUUGCAGCCUCCUCCCCCGUGGUCUCUCCGCCCGCGAAAAAGUCCCCCCAAGCGGCACAGGAGUUCGGAGUGGAGCCUAAACCGGUAGAGAGGCAGAUUGAAGCGAGGCCGUGUGAUGACGCUAUGGGAUCGUUCGUCAGAUGUUUAUACUUCGCUAGGACGUUCCUAGUUAGCGUGCAAAACACGAAUCCAACAUUGUGGGCCGGAACGAACAAUGGAACAGUGUACGCGUUCACCAUAACGGUGCCGUCAUCUUCGAAACGAGAUACGGAUGACGUAGUUUGCCAUCUGGCCAAGGAGAUACAACUGAAGCAUAGAGCGCCUGUGAUAGCGAUAGCUGUAUUGGAUGGUGCCAAUCGACCGUUACCAGAACCCCUUGAGGUGGAAAAGGGUGUAUCACCUCUUCCAGAUACGACGCAAGCACAUAGGGUGAUCAUAGCCUCAGAGGAACAGUUCAAAAUAUUCACGCUGCCCUCUCUUAAACCGUUCUGUAAAUAUAAACUCACUGCUCACGAAGGAGCAAGGGUGAGACGAAUGUCAUUCGCGACGUUCACUUGUACAGUAGACAAUACGCAACAUUCCGAAGUAGAUCUUCUAUGUCUGACAAAUAUGGGCGAUUGUCUAGUUCUGAGCAUUCCAGAUUUGAAGAGACAACUUAAUGCGGCGGCUAUCAAGAGGGAAGACAUCAACGGCAUUUCCUCUUUGGUCUUCACUAAAGACGCCCAAGCCCUAUACCUGCACUCUUCAUCCGAAUUGCAACGCGUAUCGCUGUCGGCGACCAACAUCACGAUGGCGCGUUGUUACUUGCCGCUACCAGAGGGCGUUGUCGCGGGGGACCAAGACGAUGAAGCCGGCGAAGAGAGAGGAAUUGAUGUGUCGGGGGACGGGCACCAACAGAUCAUGGUGAACGGCAACGCGAGUGGUAGUGUAGGAAGCGUCAAUGAUAAGUCUGACGACCAUCGCUCCUCCAACGGCGUCAUGGACACCACCACCGAAGCGCCAUCUCUGAACGCUCACAACGCCACCAUGUCUAGCUCCGCGGGCGACAUCACUAUAGACUCCGUCAAAGAUCAUCUCGGCGGAUCAGGUGAGGACAUUGCGAAACGAUUGGCAGGCAUCACCUCCUUAACGGUCACUAAGACCACCACAAUGAUCGGUAAUAGUAGUAGCGCGGUGCAUACACAGGAGUCCAGCAGUGUUGUCACGUCUACGCAGGUUGUCGCUAUCGGCAAUGGAGAAGAGAUGCAGGAAGACAUUAUAGAAAAUAUGAAGGACGGAUCUGGAGCAAACUUAGAGAUUAAGGACAUCCAAGUAAGUGAUCUCCUUCUACGCGCUCCUCUGGCACUAGCCGAAGACGAUCCGUAGAACCAAGAAAAAUAGUACGGUCAAUAAAGAUGAAUAAAAUUGCCAUAUCAACGUGAUCAGUAUUUCGCAUUGACGGUCUAUUUUUCUUUUGUCCAUUUCAUUAUUUUUGUGUAUAUUUUGCGCUUUUUUAGUUCGUAGCACCAAGUGAUUAUAUAUUUUGUUAGAAAAAUUUACAGUCGUUAUAAAAAUAUUCUAUGGCAUAUAUGGCAUUGCAUCCAGGAUAAAAUCAUCCUUAGUAAAAAUAAUGCUUAAAGUUCGCUUUAGUAGUAUAAAAUUUACACUUUUUAGACAAAUAAUAUUAGUUAAACUAGUUACAGAUUGUUUUGAGGGGCAGGCAUUUCGUGAAAACAGUAUCUGUCAAAUGUCACAAAGCAUUUUCCAAAGAAUUACCAAGUUUAUCCUACAGAGGAACAUGUUACAUAUUUACUUUACUAAAGUAGUUUGUUUAACAGCAACUGCAGACUUAGAAUCCAAGAGCAGAUAUCAAGCAAAUAUGGAGGACACUUAUGGCCAUGUAUUGAUUUUCAAAAAGAUAAACAUAUCUUAUAUAAUAGUUUUGAGAUUUGAUCUUUAAUCCCCGUACUUAUGCGUUUACUUAUUAUCCUCAAAAAUGAAUUUAUCCUGGAUCUAAAAUAUGCGCCAAUUGCUUUUCAAGGAAAAAUUUCCUUACCUUUGUUCUUUUGUACAGGGUGUUAAUAACGAUGAUUUCAUUUUAAAUAACGUCCGUGGUAUCAAAAACUUUAUUACACUCUCCUAAAGCCCUAAUGAUACAUAAGUUAGUUAUAAGGGCAGAUUUUGCUAGAUCGAAUCCGAAUGUGUGAAACACCCUGUAUUAUAUUCACGCCCUAUUACCCAUUUAUCCACUUGAAGUAUUUUAGAUGUACUUACUUUUUAGGUAUGUAAGGUAAAAUUUCGGGACCAUGUUCUUUGAUUCCCAACAAAACUGUUACAAAAAAAACCCAAACAGUCGAAAAUUCGAAAUGCUGUUCAAGUUUUUUAUAGCUAGGUUUACGAGAUUUUUAUACGGACAGUGUUAAGCAGUUUUUAAUAUAUCCAACAACUUCAUGUUUUAUAUGUUUUUUAACUGUUAAUAAAGUGCAAACGUAUAGUUGGUAGUAUUUUAAAUUCGCGUUUCUUUUUUUUUCAUGAGCUAAUUAUCAAGUCGAGAAAAAUUUUCUGAAAAUUAAACCAUAAAGUGCUACAGACUGCAUAUUGUACUUAAAUCAAUUUUCACAAAUCAAAACUGAAAAAAACACUAUUAUGAGAUAAUUAUGGAACUACAGAGCAACGCGUCACAAUUUUACUUACAUUUGUUUGCCUAUGUUUGUACCACUCUCUAGUACCAAGGAGUUAUAGAUUUGAAACAGUUUUUCUAUUAGUUUUUCUUCGACUUUGAAAUUAGCGUACCUAUAAGCGGCCUGAGAAAGUUUUCUAUUGUAUUUUCAACAGAAUUUGCUAGGAAAUGAUCGUGAAUGCAGCUUUUUCUACAAAAAUGAAGUUAUUAAUAAAAAUGGUGGUGGUUAUGGAGUGUGAAUGUGUGAGCAAAAGUUUGUCUACUGUUCUAUUAACAAACAAAAUAUGGUCUUAUGUUUUGUUGGAAUAUGUUUUAUAUUAUUAUCGCAUUUUGUUAGAAAUAUAUAUUUAUCGAUUAUUUCACAUGACAGAACAUCACUAAAAUACAUUUUUUAUUGUACCCCGAG